UUCCCGUUCCCGUUCCGUUCCCGGGCGGGGCGGGGAUCGCGCUCCCGGAAGUGCCGCGGUCGCCGCGGUAACGGCGUCGCGCGGCGGGACCGGGGCAGGUGCGAUGGCCACAGCGGCUUUCGGGGACUCGGCACCAGCUCAGCUCUGCUCCCCUCUGGGCACAGCCCCCCUGCCCUGGGCCGGCACCAUCACCAUGCACGUCUCCAGGCCCAAAUCUGCCAAGGGACAGAGGCCAAGCUUGAGCCACCGUCAGGGCACGGAAGCCUGUCCGUGCCAUGAGCCAUCUUCCCCGCCAGCAGCCUCUCCUCGGGAAUUAGCGACGAGCUGGAGAGCACCGCUCAGCAGAGCGGCGUUCCCACCUGCCCAGGUGUCUCCUGAGGAAAUCCCAAAGCUCCUGCAGCAAGUGCCUUUGAAGAGCUCCUCCUCCCUGAACAAGUACCGGGUGCUCCCCUCCAUCGGCCAGAAGGGCGCGGGGGGCAGCGCCGUGGAAGCGUUGGCUGAACGGACCGACCGGCUGGAAGUGAGCGAGGGGCAGGAGGAUGCUCCAAAAACCAUCCAGACUUUUUCUGAAGGACGGGAAUUUGCCAGCACACUGUCAGGAAGGGGCAUUCCCACUGAAGAGAGCUCACACAUGCACUGUGCCCCUGAGCAGUGGGGAAGGCAAGCGAGGCAGGAGAGCCUGGAGGAGCCGCAGGUGCUGCUCGCUGUCCGAUCUCCCUCUGGGCGGAGGUUUGAGCACCACUUCAGGCCCUCUGACAGCCUCCAGAAGGUCCUUGCCGUGGCAGGACAAAAACUGUUGGCUGAUUACCAACACUGCAGGAUUGAAACCAUGGAGGUGCCCCGGAGGAGCUUCUCUGACCUUACAAAGUCCCUUCAGGAGUGUGGGAUCCUCCCCAAGUCCGUGCUGUGCAUCCGACAGGACGAGCAGCACGAUGCAGCAGAUCUUUAGGUGCACAGAGACACUGUGGAUCCUUCUGCUCAGUGGGGUGCAUUGCUUCUUCCAAAAAACUGAGAGUCUGAUGCUUCCAGCACAUUCUUAAUCUUCUAUCUCCCACAAAAUCCCCAUCCAGCAGAGUUAUGGAUAUGUAAUAGUACUUGAAAUAGUAUUUCAGAGAAUAGUUAUUUCAGAUGCAUAAACCUGAUUCAUACAGAACAGCCUGUGCCAUCACAGAUUUCUGCCUCAGCACCACCAACCUUCAACCUUUUCUGGUUUGUUGAAGUUGCUGAUGUUCUUUGAAAACUCAGGUUUCCAAGACUUCUCCCCUUGUCCUUUUCUGUGUUUUGGGAAGGUACCACUUCUCUGAAUGCAGAAGCACCACUUGGAGUGGUAGGAAGGUAGACACAGAACUGGUUUAGCUACAGGACCACUGUCGCUGUCGAGGCAGGAUGGGAAUGAAUAGACUCUGAUCAGAAGGCUGCUGAGAGUAAAACUCAGAUUUAUUCAAAACACACUGCUCUUUUAUA